AUGGAACUCUCAGGCGGAGGGGAUUCCGCAGAAGGGCCCUCCUCUCGUGGCUCUGCAAAAGUUAAUUUCCCGCCUGAGGUGCAGUUGGAAAGAAGAGCCACCACUACCUCCGCUAUGGCUACUGCAGCAUAUCACCGCGGUCGCGGCCGCUCUAUGAGCGCCUGGAGCGACAUCAGUAGAUCAAGCAUCCGCUUCGAAGAAAGAGUACGCGUGGAGUACUACGUAAACGAGAAUACUUUCAAAGAAAGACUGCAACUAUAUUUUAUAAAGAAUCAACGGUCAAGUUUACGAAUUAGGAUAGCAAAUUUAUUUUUCAAACUAAUGACCUGCGCCUUGUACAUAUGCCGCGUUGUUGCUGAUGGAGAUCCAAUUUCCGCAUCGUGUUACGGAUGCAAGCCCGGGAAUAAGACUGAAUUUGAAUAUUCUGCCAACUUGACGGAAGAGGAAUUCCAAGAGCGGCCGAUCAUCAACUGGGAUGGAAUAAUAUGGGUCAACAGACCACUGUAUUUGUGGGUCGUACAAGUUGUACUGGCGAUGAUUUCCUUCACGGAGGCUAUUCUUCUUGCCUAUCUGGGUUACAAGGGAAACAUUUGGCAGCAAGUAUUAUCGUUUCACUUUGUCUUAGAAAUGGUGAAUACGAUACCGUUUGCGUUAACCUUACCAUUUCCGCCUCUGCGGAAUCUAUUCAUUCCGGUAUUUCUGAAUUGUUGGCUGGCUAAACGUUCACUAGAGAACAUGUUUAACGAUCUUCAUCGAGCGAUGCAAAAAUCCCAGUCAGCCUUGUCACAACAACUAAUGAUACUUUGCGUUACGCUUUUGUGUCUCGUUUUUACGAGUGUCUGCGGUAUCCAACACUUUCAGCGAGCGGGGCACCGGCAUCUUAACCUGUUCCAAGCCACUUACUUUGUAGUGGUAACCUUCUCGACAGUCGGAUACGGAGACUUUGUUCCCGAUAUAUGGCCGUCACAAUUGUUCAUGGUUAUAAUGAUCGGAGUUGCGUUGGUUGUACUGCCUACUCAGUUUGAACAAUUGGCAUUUACUUGGAUGGAAAGACAGAAACUGGGCGGAUCGUACUCUUCCCACCGAGCUCAGUCUGAAAAACAUGUGGUAGUAUGCUCUACCACUCUACACGCCGAUACGAUAAUGGAUUUCCUAAACGAAUUUUACGCUCAUCCAUUGCUUCAAGAUUACUACGUUGUUUUAUUGUCUCCUAUGGAACUCGACACAACUAUGAGAAUGAUUUUGCAGGUCCCAAUCUGGGCACAAAGAGUAAUUUAUAUUCAAGGAUCGUGCCUAAAAGACACGGAUUUGAUUAGAGCUCGCAUGAAUGAAGCGGAAGCUUGUUUUGUUUUAGCAGCUAGGAAUUACGCGGACAAAACUGCAGCUGACGAACAUACCAUUUUAAGGUCUUGGGCAGUUAAGGACUUUGCGCCAGACGUACCACAAUACGUGCAAAUAUUUAGACCCGAAAAUAAACUUCAUGUAAAAUUUGCUGAAUUUGUUGUUUGUGAAGAUGAGUUUAAAUAUGCGCUCUUGGCAAAUAACUGCACUUGCCCAGGUGCCUCAACACUAGUCACAUUACUUCUUCAUACGAGCCGCGGCCAAGAAGGACAACAAUCACCCGAAGAAUGGCAUCGUUUGUACGGGAAAUGUUCUGGCAAUGAAAUUUACCACAUCGUUUUAGGUGACAGUAGAUUUUUUGGAGAAUAUGAAGGCAAGAGCUUUACGUAUGCCAGUUUCCACUCACACCGCAAGUACGGCGUCGCUUUAGUGGGCGUGAGACCAGCUGAGCUACCUGAAUUUUACGAAGAUACCAUUCUAUUAAAUCCAGGACCACGUCAUAUAAUGAAAAGUACAGAUACUUGCUAUUAUAUGAGCAUCACAAAAGAAGAAAAUUCUGCUUUUGUUGUGGCAGAAAAACAAACUGAGCCCAAACCUACAAUUUCUAAAGAUCAAACAGCGUGUAGCCUGCUCUCGACCGAGAAGAAGCCAAGCGAUGCAGAGGAGGGUACAGCUCAACUGAGGAAACCAGACGCUAAAUAUGGAGAGGGCACAUCCACAUCAGAUUCCCGGACGUGCUUAAAGGAUUCUCCAGGUACUGACAGCGCAACAGAUAGCCAUUUGCUAUUACCAAAACCGGAUAAUACUAACUUCCUCAGUCCUGACGCUCUUAAUUUUCGACGAGGAAGUCGACGACCCUCCAUUCUGCCUGUCCCAGAUAUGGUGACCAGCAGUUUGAGUAUAUUACCUGACAAUCAAGACGAAGACCCUGACAUGGAUGAAAGCGAAGACGAAUUAGAAGACGAUGUGCCUUGGAGAUCCCCCUCAGAAAAAAUUGCGAUUGUGAAAGGAUUUCCACCUGUGUCACCGUUUAUUGGAGUCAGUCCAACGUUAUGCUAUUUAUUAAAAGAAAAGAAACCACUAUGCUGUCUACAACUAGCACAAGUAUGCGAACACUGUGCGUAUAGAAACGCAAAAGAGUAUCAAUGGCAGAACAAAACCAUUAUAUUAGCAGCCGACUACGCGUCCAAUGGAAUUUACAACUUCAUAAUUCCAUUACGGGCACACUUCAGAUCGAAGACAUCACUGAAUCCUAUAAUUCUACUGUUGGAACGAAGACCUGAUAUAGCGUUUUUAGAUGCUGUUUCAUACUUUCCGUUAGUUUAUUGGAUGUUAGGUUCUAUCGAUUGCUUAGAUGACUUACUUAGAGCUGGAAUAACUUUGGCAGAGAAUGUUGUUGUCGUUAACAAGGAGCUGUCAAACUCCGCUGAAGAAGACAGCCUUGCAGACUGCAAUACCAUAGUCGCUGUUCAGACCAUGUUCAAAUUCUUUCCAUCAAUUAAAUCAAUUACGGAACUGUCGCAAUCCUCCAACAUGCGUUUCAUGCAAUUCCGGGCCCAUGACAAAUACGCACUGCAUCUAUCAAAAAUGGAAAAGCGAGAAAAGGAACGCGGUUCCCACAUAUCGUACAUGUUCCGGUUGCCGUUUGCCGCUGGCUCAGUUUUCUCGGCGUCCAUGUUGGACACGUUAUUAUACCAAGCAUUCGUCAAAGACUAUGUGAUAACAUUCGUCCGGCUACUAUUGGGCGUUGAUCAGGCCCCUGGAUCUGGAUUUCUUACAUCAAUGAAAAUAACGAAAGAAGAUAUGUGGAUCCGUACUUACGGUCGCUUGUACCAAAAGUUGUGUUCAACUACUUGCGAAAUCCCAAUAGGGAUUUAUCGCACGCAGGACACGACCCUAGCCGACCCCUCUCACCACUUCCAGCAGGAGGAGGACGGCGUAUUCCCGGCGUGCGGGCGACGGGACGCCACCAGCUGCCUCGGCGGCUGCUACGGAGAGCGCACGCCGGCGUAUUCUACAAGUUUGGCCGAUGAAGCAAGAGAUAAUCAUGCACAACAAAUUGAAAGAGCUGAAAUAGCUAAUCUUGUACGUUCGAGAAUGGAGUCUCUGAAUCUAACGGGCAUUGACUAUGAUGACGUGAGUGAGAAAAGAAACAGUUUAUCUUACGUCAUUAUUAAUCCAAGUUGUGAUUUGAGUUUACAAGAAGGAGACAUUAUAUAUUUGGUUCGCCCGUCGCCUUUUUCGGCCCAAAAAACAUUUGAGCGACAUAACAGUCGGCGCAAAUCUAACAUCAGCUUUUGUUCCCAAGCUCUCAUUCAAGCCCAAGGAGUGGCUAGCCGAAGAGGUUCAGGAAUUGGAUCAAGUUUCGCACAGCCCCGAGCGCCACCACUUUCCACAACCAAAGCUAACUCGUUAUCUUUGCCAGAUAGCCCUACUAUCAUCACAGAUUUCCGUGGACGAUCUAACUCCCUGCGUGUUGUCGAUGACAUAUUGUUGCGACGUUCAAACUCGUUACGUCAAGGUCUUAGUGGCGUAGGAGCACGCCGACGAAAGAGCAGUCUUGAGGAAAUUGGUAUCUCUCAUUUUAACUCAUUGUUACAACAUCAACAACAACAACAGCAACAAAAUGCGAAUGCCAUUAAAAUUGCUUUGAAUGGCAGCAUUGGUUUAGAAGUAACACCUCCAGAAGAAAACCCUGUCGAACGUCUCCCGGGGCCAAGCAUGCCCCUCGAUGGCUACCAGGAAGUAGCAGCGGCAUUACCAUCCACAUCUAUGGGCCCGACAUUGCCGCCUGCGUCUCCCGAACCUCAACAUUUACAAGGGACGAUUGUAUGAUAUCACCUUAUGUGGGGACGUCGCCUCAGUUCCGUAGUGAGAAAUAAAUGGACCUAGAUCAUGGGGAAUAUUACUCUAGACUAGAAUUCUACCUUUCCUGAGGUGGUCUACCAUUGGUUUGCGGAGUCGAAUACAGCCUUGUGUAGCGUCUCUACUUUGCACGUAGUGUUUUAGAAUAUACUUAAUAUAAUAAUAAAUUCUAAAAAAUAUUUAGGUAUGUGACGAUUUAGUGAUGUAGACUGGUGGUAAAAGAGCUGUGUAUUGUAAGCGGGAUCAACUAGUUACUACGUAAAGCAAAUUAAAAGUCCAGCGUGAUGUAUUGUAUAUAAUUAUAUUAAUAUACUAGAGAAUGCUUUUCUAAUUAACGACUCUGUCAAAUUGUAAAUACUUAAGUGGCAAAUAUUUUAAAGAUGUUAAUUGUAAAUACCUAUUAUUAUAGAUAAAUCUUACAUAUGAAGCGCACUUGCAAAUUAUGUUUUAGAACUACCGAUGAUUGACCAAAUAAAAACGUAUAUCAAUUUAAAUUUUCAAAUACACAAUAUAAUUAAAUUACUUAUAUCAUUAGAUUUGUUGGACAGUCAAAUUUUAAUUCACUUAGUAAGAAAGGCAGAAAAAAUAAAAUAUUAUGUAAUCAAAUC